GUCCUAUGGGGAAGCCCUGGCACAAGUGGGCGGGCUUGAGAAGUUAGAAACCUUUCGCGAGCUGGGUAAUUCCCUGAUGGAAAAAUACGGGGUCUCUCGAGAGAUGGCGGAAGUUCUUCCAACCAACCGGCACUCUCGCAGCACGAAGCUGAACUACCAGAAGUAUGUGAACGACCUGGGCGAGUUGCUCAUACGCUGCAUUGAGCAAAAGGUGCGUGAGAUCGCGUCGCAGACGAAGGGAAAGAACUGCGAGCCACCAAUAAAGUCAAGGUAUCGGUUAACGGACAUUGUCCGGGACACCAUCAUCUAUGAAAGCAUGGACGACAUGUACGAGGGACUGAAGUUCAUGGACGCUGCUUGCGAGGCUCGCAAACAAGACUGA